AUGACAUCAGGAGUCAGGGGGUCCCACCCCAGCAGUGGCCAUAUUCAGUUUGUUCCACAGAACAAUCCUUUUGCAUUGCAGACCUUGCCCGCGCCACCCCAGAAAGUGCAGGACUGGACCUUAAGCAGGAGUACCAUCGGCAGACCUGACGAUGUAACUCUUCCACCUCAAGAGAGAUUCCAGAUUUUAAGUUUUCUGGGGCAAAACAUUGAGGUCAAUAAAAAACUGCCCCUGCUCUCCUAUGUCCACCUGAAAAAGGACAUCAUACAGAUGGCAGAGAAUUAUGAAAAACAGGGCCUUAUACAGGAAGCGUUUAUAACGUAUCACAAAUUCUUAACACUAUUUGUGGAGAAACUAAGAAAAGGCCCAGAAUAUAACAACAUCCUUUCACAAAGACAAAAAUCAAAAAUCAAAAAGUGUAUAAAUAAAGUAUUUGAAAAAGCAGAUACCCUGAAGAUCAAAAUACUAGAACGUUAUGGCAGGGAAUAUGAAGAGUACCUGGCAGAUAAGAAAAAAAGACAAGAAGUGGAAAAGAACAAGGCCUUCUUGGAGGAUAUCAGAAGUAUCAUUAAACACUCCUCAGAAUUAACCAAUCAGAGUUCUCUUCAGACAGCAGUGGUGUGUGACUCACAGGGAGCUUUUACAGAGACUGUCUGCACCACAUCAAAGUCUGGACCUCCUUGUGCAGAGACUAAGGAAGAGAAAAGCCCCAUUCAGAACACCAAAGGACUCCUUCCUGUGGUCCUUCCCAAGGACCUGUGUCAAAAGUUCCUCCGUUCAGCAUGGGAGAACACCAAAAGAAAGAGAGAAACAUGUGGAGUGCUAUGCGGCAAACUGGUGAUUGACAAGUACAUCAUUUCACACAUCAUUAUCCCCAUGCAAAACGGAGGACCUGACUAUUGCCAAGCUGAGAACGAAGAAGAAAUUUUAUUCCUAGAAGAAGAACUGGGCCUUAUAACGCUAGGUUGGAUCCAUACUCAUCCCACCCAGCCAGCCUUCUUGUCAAGUGUGGAUGUACACACACACUUUUGUUACCAGCAGAUGCUGCCAGAAUCAAUUGCAGUGGUGUGCUCACCCAAAUACAAACAAACUGGAAUUUUCACCCUGACACCUUGUGGAUUGGAAGAAGUAUCACUCUGCCCCCGGAGGGGGUUCCAUUCCCAUAGACAUGACUCAGUCCUAUUCCGUGAUUGCAGUCAUGUAAUCAUCCAAAAAAGCAGUGUGACCAUCACGGACUUGCGAUGA